CUGCAGCCCACCCCGGGGCAGGGUACUCCUGCCUCCACAGCCCCGGGGUCCUCCACAGAACCUUCUGGAGUGGAUGUCAGUAUCUCUAUUUUACAAAUGAGAGAAACUGAAGCUCUGAGAGGAAGUGACUUGCCCAGGGGUCGCACAUAAGAGCCACACCUGGGAUUCCAAUCAGCUCCCCAGGGCUGGAGAGCCCUUCUCUACUUCUGACCCUGCUGAGCAUGGGCCUAUAGACGGUGGGAGCCAGACUGGCAGACUGAGUCCUGGAAAGGGGAAGUCAGUCACCAGGGGCACAUUGGGGCAGGGUGGGGCAGGGGCAGAGUUGGCUGUGUGCCCCAUGCCAGGGACCUCCCAGUCACUUGCCCCCUGCCCAGGGCUCGGCCAAAGCUGGACAGUCUAAGCCAGAGGCAAGGCAGGGGUGCCAGCCCUUCACCCAGGGACAGAGGGAGGCCAGGAGGAGGUGCCUGGGCUGGUUGGCACCUUCUCCCUAUCCACGCUCUCCCUCCAGUCCCAAGUGACCUUUCCCCCAGAUCCCAGGGUCCAGGCCCGCCCUCGGCUGGCAGGUGUGGGCACAGAGGCAGCUGGGAUUGGUCACAGCUGGCAGAGGCGUGUCCCAGGCUCCGGCAGACCGCUGGAACAGCUGAGCAGAGCAGGUGGACUGCUGAGAUAGACCAGGGACUCCAGGCAGCCACAGGCCUGUCAGACCAGGACCCUCACCCUCUAGACAUGGCCUCGGGCCCCUGCAAACCCCAGCCCCGUAGCCCUGCGAGGUUACAGACAGCCUAAACGCCACCACCACAGGGCCUGUGCCCUGACCCGGGCACAGAAGGCCACUGGCCCUGAGGCCAUGGAGACGGUGCCCCCAGUAGUGGACCUGGUGCUGGGUGCUUCUGCCUGCUGCCUGGCCUGUGUCUUCACCAACCCCCUGGAGGUGGUGAAGACGCGGCUGCAGCUGCAGGGGGAGCUGCAGGCCCAGGGCACCUACCCACGGCCCUACCGGGGCUUCAUAGCCUCUGUCGCUGCUGUGGCCCGAGCAGACGGGCUGUGGGGCCUGCAGAAGGGGCUGGCUGCCGGCCUUCUGUACCAAGGCCUCAUGAACAGCGUUCGUUUCUACUGCUACAGCCUGGCGUGCCAGGCUGGCCUCGCGCAGCAACCAGGUGGCACUGUGGUUGCAGGAGCCGUGGCAGGGGCACUGGGAGCCUUCGUGGGGAGCCCUGCUUACCUGAUCAAAACGCAGCUGCAAGCCCAGACAGUGGCCGCGAUGGCCGUGGGACACCAGCACAAUCACCAGACUGUCCUGGGUGCCUUGGAGACCAUCUGGCGGCAGCAAGGGCUGUUGGGGCUGUGGCAGGGCGUUGGUGGGGCUGUGCCCCGAGUCAUGGUGGGCUCAGCUGCCCAGCUGGCCACCUUCGCCUCUGCCAAGGCCUGGGUGCAGAAGCAACAGUGGCUCCCGGAGGACAGCUGGCUGGUGGCCCUGGCUGGGGGCAUGAUCAGCAGCAUAGCCGUGGUUGUCGUCAUGACCCCCUUCGAUGUGGUCAGCACGCGACUAUACAAUCAGCCGGUGGACAGAGUUGGCAGGGGCCAGCUCUAUGGGGGACUCACCGACUGCAUGGUAAAGAUCUGGCGGCAGGAGGGCCCCCUGGCACUCUACAAGGGCCUGGGCCCCGCCUACCUGCGCCUGGGCCCUCACACCAUCCUCAGCAUGCUCUUCUGGGACGAGCUUCGGAAACUGGCUGGGCGGGCCCAGCACCAGGGCACCUAGAUGGCGGCCCUCACCCCGACGUCCUGACACAGCCGGCACUUGGCCAGAAGUGAGGGCCUGCUCCAGGACAACUGGCUGUCCCAGGGCAGGCCAUGGGCCCAGGCCCUGCCAGAGGCCCCGGGAGAGUGUGGACAGCUCUGGUCCAUCCAGCCCCUUGGCACACCCAGGGCCAGAGCAUCCACUUCAAGUUACCACCCAUUCUGUCUUCCAGACAGUUCUCUUCCUUCUCUGUACUGUGUACUGGGUCACCACAUCCCAGAGCCUUACUCAGUUAUAGCAACCACUGUGGGCACGCACACAGCAUAGGCCCAGUAACUUACAUACAUCGGCUCACUUAGGCCUCAGACAGCAGCACGAGGCAGGCACUUUUACCUCUUUUACCAUUAGAAAGCCAAGGCUGAGAGUGGCGAUGGGCUUUGACCACAGCCACACAAUUUUGAAGUGGCAGAGCCAGGACUGGAGCUCACCCCAGACCUAUGUGCUUGACAAGUGCGUGACUGUGACAGGCCCAUGGGCCCGGACUGCCCGUAGGGGUCACUGUGCCAUGGCAAAGGCUGGGGUGCACCAGGAGGCUGUGGCAUCGUCACCUGCCUUAUUUGCUGGGGAAGCUGUAGCAAAGAACUACAGACUGGGAGACUUAGACAAUAGAAAUGUAUUUUCUCACAGUUCUGGAGGCUGGAUGCUGGAGACCGAGGUGUCAGCGGGCUGGUUUCUUCUGAGACCUCUGUCCAUGGCUUGCAGAUGCUGCCUUCUCUCUGUGUCUGCACAUGGUGGUCCUCGAUGUGCGUCUGGGUCCUGAUCUCCUCCUCUUAUAAGGACACAAAUCAUGUUGGCUUAGGGCCCACCCUCAUGACCCCACUUUAAUUUUUUUUUUUUUUUGAGAUGAAGUCUCGCUCUGUCACCCACGCUGGAGUGCAGUGGCAUGAUCUCGGUUCACUGCAACCUUGGCCUCCUAGGUUCAAGCGAUUCUCCUGCCCCAGCCUCCUGAGUAGCUGAGACUACAGGCGCCUGCCACCACACCGGGCUAAUUUUUGUAUCUUUAGUAGAGAUGGGGUUUCGCCAUGUUGGCCAGACUGUUCUCGAACUCCUGACCUCAAGUGAUCCACUGGCCUCAGCCUCCCAAAGUGCUGGGAUUACAGGCAUGAGCCACCUCACUUGGCCCAAUUUUAACUUAAUUAUCUCUGUCAAGAGCCUAUCUCCAUAUACAGUCACAUCCUGAGCUACUAGGGGGUAGGACUUCAACUUGCACAUCUGCAGGGGCCACAGUUCAGCCAACAUCAUCUUUUUUUUUUUUUUUUUUUUGAGAUGGAGUUUCACUUUGUUGCCCAGGCUGGAGUGCGGUGGUGCAAUCUCGGCUCACCACAACCUCCACCUCCCAGGUUCAAGUGAUUCUCCUGCCUCAGCCUCCCGAGUUGCUGGAACUAUAGGCAUGCACCACCAUGCCCAGCUAAUUUUGUAUUUUUAGUAGAGACAGGCUUUCACUGUGUUGGCCAGGCUGGUCUCGAACUCCUGACCUUGCCACCCGCCUCGGCCUCCCGAAGUGCUGGGAUUACAGGCGUGAGCCACUGCGCCUGGCCUCAGCCAACAUCAUCUAAGGGCUCUCACGGAGGGCCUCCCAGCUGCCCGCCCUGUGGGCAUUUGCACAUAUCCUGACAAGCCUGAAAGAAGCUCCGGGUGCCCAUUCUUCAGAUGAGGGGACUGAGGCCCGGGAAAGGGAAGCGAUGUGGCAGGGCCAGCAGCAGACCCUGGGCCCUUUCUCUAGACUGAGCACCACUCCCUGUGGGUGUGCUCUCAACACUGCACCGACCUUCGCACUGCAGAGAUGGACACCAACUCCCUGGCAGGGGCAGGACUGCUGCCGAGCAGCCCCACCUGCCCUCCCAGCCACACCCCAAGUCUGUAAGGGCUGCUCCCAGGAACACCUGCUACUGCACACUCCAAACCAAUAAAGUUUUAUAUUUUGUUUACUUCAA